AAGGUGGGAUCAGUUUCCAAACGUGGCCAACGGGCUGCGGCGGCGAAUUCCCUGCGCGAGCCUGUCAAACAGAACCAACACAGCCGACAUGGCGGACUGGGACGCUGACAACUUCGAGCCGGAGGAGCCGAUUAAAAAGGCGGCAGCGACGCUGGACAAAUGGGAAGGCGAAGACGAAGAUGAAGACGUUAAGGACAAUUGGGAUGAUGAUGAUGAAGAGAAGGAGGCAAAAGUAGAGGUGAAGAAAACAGAGACUAAAGUUUCUGAAAAGAAAAAGUUAAGUGAAAAGAUCAAAGAGAAAGAAAACCAGUUGAAGAAGAAACAGGAGCUGAAAAAGGAAUUGGAAGAUGACCAAGAAGAACUCUCACCUGAAGAACAACUCGCAGAAAAGUUAAGAGUCAAGAAAUUACAAGAAGCUGCAGAUUUGGAGCUCGCAAAAGAUGCUUUUGGUGUCACAGGUGUCACAGGUGUCACAGGUAUCGACGCCAUGUGUCCAUCUUCCAAAGAAGAAUUCACAGAGUUUGAAAAUUUGCUGAAAGAAAAGAUAACCCAGUUUGAAAAAUCUGUUCAUUAUUCGAGUUUCUUGGAUUCUUUGUUUCGGGAGCUUUGUAUUUCAUUGGAAGUUGAUGACUUGAAAAAAAUCAGUAGUUCCCUUUCUGUCCUACUUAGUGAAAAACAGAAACAAGAAAAACAGCAAAACAAAGGCAAGAAGAAGAAGAAAGGAGUCAUACCCGGUGGAGGUUUGAAAGCACAGAUGAGAGACGACCUUGACUAUGCAGAGUUUGACGGUGGUUACGCCCAGGACUAUGAGGACUUCAUGUGACACUGGCUCCAUCAGCACGGCCCUCUUCCUCUCCCAACAGUCAGCCGUACAGCUGUACCUUCUCACGCUGUCCAGUGCCACCCUGGAAAGUCUGAACUAUGUGUUGCCCCUUUCAUUUUGCUUCAGUGACCCAGAGGAACUAUAACCAGGAAGCAUCCAGUCUCAACACUCUGUUCUAACAAAGAAUUGCCUUUUUCUGUCGCGUUUAGCCUCGACUCACACACACAUUCACAUGGAAUCUGUUGCUUCAGUGGAGAAUACAUUGUAACUGCUGCUGUAUGACUUUUGCGGGGCUCAUUUUCUAUCAAYCAACGCUCCUGUCAACAUACCAGAGAUUCAMUAUGGCAGUUMUAAGUAUAGCGACAUAGAAACAAGGUUCUAUGCAAAUUUUCAGACCAGAAUGUCAUGUAUUAUAGGUUGUACUUACCUGCUGUUAGGUCUUUUACAGGAAAAAUGUAUAUAGUAUAAUUUCGGUUGCCAAAUGCUGAGCAAUUAUUCAGUACAAUAUUCAUUUUUAUUUCUGGAGCAGUUGCAGUGUGGGUAAUCUGAGACAGGRGCAACARGUAAGUAGUAAAAGAUUUUACAGAGAGCACAUGACAUUCACUGUAAGAUAAAAGGGAUAGAGUAUAAUAAAUGUGACUUCAAAAACCCCACAGCCAUUCUUGAUACAUCUCUGGUAUAUCCUUGAAACUUUGAAGCAGAAAUUUAGCUUACUAAUUUGAYUUCUACUAAUUCAGGGAAAGAAAAGCAAAGAUCAGGCAGGUGGAAAUAUCUUGCAACUGGUCUCUUGAAUUAAACGUUGGGCUUGUAUCAAGUGUGAUGAGGAGCGGAGGCUUGUAGGCUUCACCCCACCAUGUCUUCAUAUGGGCUACAGUUCAGUUGAACGGGGCAAAUUUCUCCUUUUUGUUUCUUUUCUAGCGGUUGACCAGUUCCAAUGUUACUCGAAUAAAUGAAAAUAUACAAUUUUGAAAAUGCAUAAUCUGUUUUUUAAGCUUCUAAUUUAAUAAAUCGCUGGUCAAAAGAG